AUGCCGACUGCUUCCCCCGAAUUCGACAGGACUAGCUUGCGUAUCCGCACCCUCACAGCUACUUUGCGUAAGAUGCAGCAAGCUGAACGCCCGCAGAGCACCCGCAGCGAAGUCGUCGCUGUUACAGGAGCCAUCGAAGAAACUGGGGUUAAAACCCUGGUCGUGGUGCACAAUGCAUCAUCUGGACGGGGACCACAACCGUUCUCCUUGCAAGGACGCAACAUCACAAAGAACGACGAAUUAUUCGAUGCGAUUAUCUCAGGUCCUGGUAGCGCUCGGCUCGAGGAACAUAUCUCUGACCUCCUGGGUCUUUUGUCAUGUUGCGAUCCGACGGGUGUGGUGAAAAUUGAAGACUUUUCGGCAUUCGUCACUAUGCGAAGUAUCCAGAAGCUCUACUCGCGCUUGGUAUCCGAUAAGGAGAAUUGGCAUCUACGAGUGCAUGAAACGCUCAAAGUAUGGGUGCCCGACGAAGGCGAUUCCUCACUCAAAACGCUUUGGGUGAAAAAACCUCGCUGGGCUGGCCACUUUCCUGAUGAUUCUGCAGCAAGGAUAAAGAGGGGUGCGGGCCAGUCUGAGGAAUGGGAAUUCUCUCCGACGACUGCUCCAAGAUGGGAGUACAGAGGCUCCCCCGGCGCCGAUAAGCUAAAUCCAUUGCAGCCUCAGACAAAUCGAUCGAAGCAGGAUGUUCAAAACACCUUGCGCGAAAUCAACUCCAUAUCCUAUUCUCUUUAUACCUUUGUGAACCAAAGCACCGAAAUAUUGAAGAUGCUUUUGGCCCAAAAAUCUCUCGAGAAGGUGUUUUCCGCUCAAAAGAAAACUGGUGGAGUUGAUUCCGCCAUCCAGGAAUCCUCGAAGGCACCUAAUGUGACGGACGAACACAAUGAGAUACCCGGCGGAGUUAAUUCCUCCACUGAAGAAUCCUCGAACCGGACGUUUAAUAUUUACAUAAUUACCCUGGCAAAUACUUCAAUCAAAGAUGAAGACUCGGAGCUAGCACUUGAAACUGAGGAGACUGAAGGCGACUGUGUUUAUCGAUAUCUUCAGGCAAUUGUUGCAUGGCAAGCAGCACUCGAAGUUCUACUUCAGCCAAGGUACCGAAACGCCUUGUCAAAUAUUUCUGUUGGCAUGGUCGAGGUUGUUGGGAGCGAAUUCGGGCUGAUGCAAGCGGAUGAGUUUGUCAAGGAAUAUUUCGCGAGACCUUCAGUUCCAACCAAGGCCGAAGUUCGAGAGAUACUCAAACCAGACAUCCCCACGAAGUUCAACGGCACCGUUCACAUAGAGGCGACUCUUAUGGGUCUUCUGACCUAUUUCUCUCAUCAAGGCAAUGCUAGUGACUAUGCUAGGGAUAUUUUCAACAUUGAUAUUCUGAAGGAGUCCAUCGAACCUAUUGACCACCACUGGGCGCAAGUCUGGAUACAAUCCCCAGCCCAUCAAGAUCUCGUCGAGCUCUUUGCACCUGAUUCGGAGUAG